AUGUUUGGCGCAAGAAACGGGACCGGCCAUCCCGCCUCCAACGCCCAAAGGCCCUCUCACAACAGCAACUCUAAUAAGAACAACACCAAUGGCGACAGCACCCCUUCACUUCGUCGAAGACUGUCAUCAGAUUCUAUAAGCUCGGUCGGCUCUGCUGGCUCUGCCCCUGUUACCAACCGGGCACUCACUCCUUCACUGCAUCAUCCACAGCAAAUUCAGCAGCAACAACAACAACAACUACAUCAGCUCGCCAAGUCCUUGGGACCUUCUGGUGCAAUCGCAAACAAGGAGCUCAACAUUCAAGUUGUUGUCAGAAUCAGGAAUCGUUCUGAGCGAGAGGUCAAGGAAAACUCGCCCGUGGUAGUGCAGGCACAGAACAAGGAGAUCACAGUCCCCUCAACUCUCGGAGACCGGGCGCCGUCAAAGUCUUACAGCUUCGACCGCGUCUUCAUGUACUCGGACCAGCAGAGCAUCUACAACGAGGUCGUCACGCCGAUUCUGGAAGAGGUCUUGCUCGGCUACAACUGCACCAUCUUUGCUUACGGACAGACAGGAACAGGAAAGACCUACACAAUGGAGGGAGACCUCCGAGACAAGUUUGGAGACAGCUCACGCGAGGCCGGUAUUAUCCCUAGGACGCUCUAUCGACUAUUCGAUGCUCUCAAGGCCCAGAACGAGUUUACAGUUCGCGUGUCGUUCCUUGAGUUGUACAACGAGGAGAUCAAGGAUUUGCUGGCGCCAGAUGACGACCGCAAGGCCGUCAAGAUCUUUGACAGUGUGAAAAAGCAGGGUCCCCUUGUCCAGGGUCUCGAGGAAGUUCCCGUCUUUGACGCACAGCAAGGUAUCGAGGCUUUGAGACGAGGGAGCGCCAAGAGAACCGUCGCCGCGACAAAGAGCAACGACAAGUCGAGUCGAUCCCACGGAGUGUUCUCAAUCACAGUCCAUGUCAAGGAGACAUCUGAUGACGGCGAGGAGUUGCUAAAGAUUGGAAAGCUAAACCUAGUCGAUUUGGCGGGAUCUGAGAACAUUGCGCGUUCUGGAGCAGAGGCAACACAGGCCAAGGAGGCCGGAAGGAUUAACCAGAGUUUGCUCACUCUCGGAAGAGUCAUCAACUCUCUUGUUGAACGUUCACAGCACAUCCCAUAUAGGGAGAGUAAGUUGACACGUUUGUUGGAGGAUUCACUUGGAGGCAAGACAAAGACAUGCAUCAUCGCCACUAUCUCACCGGCUCGGUCGAGCCUGGAAGAGACAUUCAGCACACUCAACUACGCUAACCGAGCCAAGAACAUCAAGAACACGCCCGAGAUCAACCAAAAGAUGACUAAGAAGGCUCUUAUCAAGGAGUAUCUGGUGGAGAUCGACCGUCUCAAGGCAGAUCUCAGCGCCACCCGCGAGAAAAACGGCGUUUUUAUGACACAAGAAUCGUACCAGGCACUUUUAGAUGAAGCUACUAGCAACAAGGAUCUCGUGGGUGAAACUCAAAAGCAGGCGGAGAAGGUCGCACAGGAACUGCAAUUGUUGGAGGAAAAGUUCAGGGAGAACAUGAAGCUCCUGACCACGGCCGAAUACAAGCUUGGAGUGUCUAACGCUGAACUCGAGACCAAACGUGCCGAGCUGGAGAAGAGCCUUGAAGAGCUGACCAAGACCAAGCAGAUUCUGGAGGAGGAAACCAUUUUGCGGCAGGCCCACGCCCACACCGAGACCAAGCUCAACUCCAUCGCAGCAGGCAUGCGUUCCACCCUCAGUACCAGCGUCAAGGAUAUCAAGGGUCUGCACGAGAAGCUGGAGAGAAAGACUAUGAUCGAGCGAGAGAACAGAGAGGCCCUUGCCGAGUUCCAGGAAAAACUAUUGGCCCUCUCUGGUGAACUUGGUGAUCGCAUUGAACAGUUUGGCGUCAACCAAGGUGGACUCUUGACCUCGGUGACGCAGCGCAUGGAUGAGGCAUUCAAGGAGGCGACCGAAGGCGCAGAAAGUGCCACGGCCUUUGUGACGGCCCAGCUGGAGCGUAUGGACAAGGCUAUGGCCUCAUUCCAAGCCCUCGACGUCAGUGGCACGGAGGACGGUUUGGCCUUCAAGAAGGAGUUCGAGGCAUUGCGCGCAGAGACUUGCGAGUUUUUGAACGCCAGCACCGAGAGCACCAUAUUGUCGGCGACUGAGGGAUUCGGUUCUUUGAAGAAGGCCUUGGCAGCCUACACUGGGUAUGUUGAAAAGCAACACGAGGGACUGACGUCCGGGAUGCUUGGUCUUGUAGACGAGUCGGCGGCGUUUUCUAGAGAUGGCGUCCGUCAGAUCCAGGGUGCUCUGGACGCAUAUGCGAAAUCAACUGCCAAGGAGAUUGAGUUUUUGGCGCGCCAGAACCAGGCCCUCCGACAGCAGCUUCAGGAGCAGGAGGUACUGAUGGAAGGACAAAAGGCAGCACUUCUCAAGGACAUUGGUGGCUUGGUAGAUGUUUUCAUGAAGGACCAGACCAGCGCGUUGAUGUGUCAUAUCACGAACAGCCGCGAUGCGUUGGAGGAGUCGACAGGCCGCUUGAGUGCGGCUCACACCCAACAGCAGUCAUGGACCCGAGAGUUUGGAGUGCAGGGAGCCAAGCGGAUCGAUCAGUUUGCUGAGUCGCGGAGGGCAUUGGAGGCGGAUGGUGUUGAGACCAAAGCCAGAGUCACCCGCGAGGGUGGUCUUUUGGUUGCAAAGGCAAGUAUUUUGAGCGUUGGUCUGCAGGAAAGAUUGGAGGCACAGCAGGCGGCAAUGGAGUCUAAGAUAGGCGAUUGGAACGCAAAGGCUCUCCAGGGACACGAGCAGGCUCAUUCCCAACAAGCUGCCAUGGCCAAGUUGUACGACCAGACCUCCGACCACACCAUUACUGCACUCAAGGAUCUUUCGCUUCGCACGACGACUUCGGCUGCUGGAAUCGAGGCUGUCUACCGCAAGACCUCUGAAGAUGUCACUGCUGCCAGCGAUCAGAUGCGCCUGUUCAACGACGAUGUUCAGCACAACUUGGGUGUGACGCGUGAGGAAACAGAGAGUCUUGUGCCGCACCGUCUCAAGGUCGAUGACUCUACAGGAAGGACACCAUCUCGCCGAAAGUACAAGUACCCUCACACCUGGGGUGUGACUCGACCAUCGCAGGAUCUGUUGAGGGAGUUCAGGGAGCUAGGACGUGUCAAGGUGUUCACCACUGAGCUCGCGAUGGAGAGGGACCUGUCGAGAGAGUCAUCCGAUGCCGAAGAAGGCUCAAGACCAUCAUCUCCCCUGGACGAAAAAUCUACUGGCGUGUUCUCUUCGCUCCCAGAACUGUGUAUCGAUUCUCGGCCGAUGAUGGAGGUGGAGCGAGCAAAUGAGGAGGCUGCUCCUCUUGAUCAAGAGUCGACGUCGGUUGAGAUGCUGAGCCCAGUGUCGAAUGAAGCGAGGUCAUUGUCAUCUUCUGCGCCCACUUCAAGGAGGGAGUCUCAGGCCUUUGUCCUAGAGGAGGUGGAAAAGGAGAAGGAGAACAGUGUCGAGACCAGGCCACCUGUCCCGAGUAUGUCGCUCCAUAAUGGGAGCCACAUCGCCAGACCCGUUCGACCAGGAUUCGUCAAGAAGACUGUGCCAGGUUCAGGCGCCCAAACAGGAUCGGUGUUGUCCAAGAGAUCUGCCGCGGCGAUGGAGGCGGGCGACAGAGAUGCAGCCAGCCUUGCCGACAUUAGCAGUAACGUCCAUGGCACCCAGAACGACAACCCUUUUCAGGAGAGACACCAAAGUGGGACUGGUGCUGGCGCUUCAGCACUGACCGUAAAAGCCUCGUUGGGAAGGACGGCAUUUGGAACGGGCAAGUCAGGACUGGUGAACAGCGCGGAGGGACCUCGCAAGGUGAUCCGACCUACACUUGUCAAACCUGUUAGACGCCCCUUUGGGAGCAACAACAGGUCUUAG